AUGGUGGGGAAAGUGCUGCUGCAAGCCGUAGAGCUGACAGGCGAGGGAGGAGACUUUCAAAUGUUGAUUUCUCUAAACGAAACUGCGAGAGGCCAGAACCUAAACUGCAAUUUUGAACAAAACUUUUGCCAAUGGACACAAGCAAGUACAGAUAAGACCGAUUGGCUGAGGAUUAAUGGUUCGACACCAACUGGUCACACAGGUCCACAGCACGACCACACUACAGGACAUGGACAUUAUGCAUAUUUUGAGGCAAGUCAAGGAGGCAGUGGCUUUAAUGCACAGCUAACGAGUCCUGCAGUGAGGGUGUCAUCCCGAAGCAAAGCAUGUUUAUCCUUCUGGUAUUUCAUGUAUGGCCAACAUGUCAACAACCUCAAUGUAUACCUUCAGAAAAACAACAAUAAUGGCCAGCCUGUGUGGCAACGCAAUGGUAACCAAGGCAACCAAUGGAGACAGGCCCUUGUGGACUUUCCAGUCAACACCAGGGCUAAAGUUGUUUUGGAGGCAGUUCGUGGCCGGGGGUUCCAAGGAGACAUUGCUAUAGACGACAUCACUUACAAAAACAGUCCAUGUCCUCAGAAUGGUGUGAACACUUCAAACAGUGUUCAGUGUAACUUUGAGGAUGGACGCAUCUGUGGCUAUAAACAGGACCAGAGUGAUAACUUUGACUGGACACGGGCCUCAGGUGCUACACUGACCUCAGGGACAGGUCCUAACAGUGACCACACCUACAAUACAGACCAAGGUCAUUACAUGUACAUUGAUGCCUCAAGUGCUCAAUCUGGUCAGAAGGCUCGACUGAUCAGUCCACCCAGCAAUGGUCGCAGAUCCAUGUGUCUGACCUUCUACUACAGUAUGUAUGGGACAGGUGUGGACAGUCUCAAUUUAUACACCAAAACUGGGACCUCACUUGGCCAGACAGUCUGGUCCCUCAGUGGCAACCAAGGGGUGGGCUGGAACAUAGCUCAAGUCAGACUCCGACGAGGAAGGGCCUUUAAUGUUGUAUUUGAAGCAGUCCGAGGCCAAGGCUUUAAGGGGGAUAUUGCUAUUGAUGAUGUUAGUAUGGCUACAGGAAACUGUCCCGCCAUUGGAGCCUGUAACUUUGACAAAAAUCUUUGUGGCUGGACCAAUGCUAAGCAGGAUGAUUUUGAUUGGCUUCGUCAUAGAGGGAGAACAGCUUCAGGGAACACUGGUCCAUCUGUCGAUCACACUCAUGGCAAUAACCAAGGUUACUACCUGUACAUAGAGGCCAGUAGUCCCAGACGAGAAAAUGACCGAGCUCGCCUGACUAGUCAAUUGUUUCGGAAGUCCUCCAGACAAAGAUGUUUCCAGUUCUGGUAUAAUAUGCAGGGGAACAGUAUUGGGACGCUCACAGUGAUCAUGAAUAUUAACAGUGUGGACAGACCUAUCUGGACUCUGAGUGGGAGUCAGAAUGGCAGCUGGAUAUUUGGGCGUGUACCCAUCACCAACAACCAAAACAAUUUCAAGCUGGCCAUCGUUGGUACCCGUGGUAACGGAAUACAAGGAGACAUUGCCUUGGAUGACUUCGCUGUGAGGAAUUCACGAUGCACAAUAUCUCCCAGAAGUGCUCAACCAUCGACGACAAUUACAACUAAACCACCAACUACUGUAACAUCCAAAUCAACAACACCUGGUGGAACGCCUUCACCAUCAAGUGCAAACUCUGUCACAUGUAGUUUUGAUUCAAACUUCUGUGGUUGGACAAAUCCUACAAAUGAUGACUUUGAUUGGACAAGGCAUAGUUCGUCCACUGCAAGCACCCACACCGGACCUAGUGCUGACCACACCUCUGGACAUGGUUACUACGUGUUCACGGAGACAUCAAACCGAAAAGCCAAUCAGAGAGCGUUACUGCAGAGUGUUCAAGUGAGCCAGACUGGUCCACACUGCCUGGUGUUCUGGUACCAUAUGUAUGGGUCAGAUAUUGGAACUCUCAAUCUGUAUGUUCAGACUGGGGCAUCACCGGGCUCCCCAGAAUGGACACGCAGUGGUGAGCAAGCAAAUGCAUGGAGGGAAGCAAAUGUGACGUUCUCACCUACUGCUCCCUUCAAUCUCAUAUUUGAAGGCAUCAUGACAAAUGGCUACCGUGGUGAUAUAUCUUUGGAUGAUAUAACUCUGACAGCUGGAACAUGUUCAGGGUCGUCACCAUUAAGUGGAAGGGCAUGUACAUUUGAGGAUGUUCAUAUCUGUGGAUAUACACAGGACAGUACUGAUACUUUCGACUGGACACGACACUCUGGAGCAACAAAUAGUGCAGGCACAGGACCAACUAAUGACCACACCUACAAAACCAGUCGAGGUCAUUAUAUGUACAUUGAGACGUCAUCUCCACGGAAACCAGGUGACAAAGCACGCCUCAUCUCUCCAACUUACACUGACAGCCAAGCCAUGUGUGUCCAAUUCUACUACCAUAUGUAUGGCUCCAAUAUCGGGGCGCUCAAUGUCUACAUACAGACUGGUGGUCAGUUGGGCAGAGCUGGUUAUUCCAUGUCCACCAAUGCAGGCAAUUCUUGGCAACUUGGGGAAAUGACAAUUCCAUCGUCAGCAGCUACUGCAGGUUACAAGGUUGUCUUUGAGGGAGUACGAGGAUCAAAUGCAAGAGGGGACAUUGCUAUUGAUGACAUCAAAUUUAAAUCGGGACCUUGUCAAAACCCAGGUAAACAGCAUCUUAAGGAUCAGUGGUUUGUGGUGAAAUCCCAGGUAAACAGCAUCUUAAGGAAUCAAUGA